AUGCGACACAACCUGUGCGACUAUUGUAGACGAGGCUUUAGACCGCCGAGACAAAGGAGCACCGAGCGACCAAGCCUGCGAAUUCAAGCAUGGGAUUUUCGUAUUGGGCGUUCAACUAUUUAUAAAAUAGUUCCUGAAGUUUGUAAUGUUAUUUGGCAAGCUCUUCAGUCAACUUAUUUACCAGCACUGAGGAAAAAUCAAUGGGAACAUGUGGCUAAAGAAUACGAAGAGAUGUGGCAGUUUCCAAAUUUACUUGGUGCUGUUGACGGCAAACAUAUUCGGAUUAAAGCACCCAUAAAUUCUGGAUCUUUAUAUUUUAAUUACAAGAAAUAUUUUAGCAUAGUCCUUCUCGCUGCUUGUGAUGCCAAAUAUCGUUUCACAUGGGUAGAUAUUGGACAAUAUG